AUGGAGACAUCGCUGGACCUGGAGCCAUGGAGACCUGAGAGCUGGCUCCGAACACAGAUCUUCCUGAACGCCUUAGCUGGCAGCUACCUCAGUUACAGCAGGGAGGAAACCGAUCUUCCCCUGGGUCAGUCAUCAAGCCUGGCGGGCACCUCAGCGCAGACUGCCUCUGCUGUCUUGGGCGGCACAAGAUGCGGCUGGGCCCGCUGGGUUAAGGUCACCCGAUUUUUCUACGCGGCGAUCAGGGCUUUGAGAGGAGAGAGCUGGACAGACAGACUGCCAGGCGCGCACACGGGACAGACGGACAGAGUCAGACCCAAUCAGCCAGGCAAAGGACACACGGACAGACAGACAGACAGGCGGGACGGCAGGACUGACAGUCAGGCAAUUUCCCCCUUGGCCGGGUGGGGCCGGAGGCGGCGGAAGGGGUGGGGUGGGGCAGGGGGAGGGAGCAGGGGGGCUGGCAGGCGAUGUGGUCGCCCUGGGCAGCUGCAGGAUUCGGGGGGGCCCGGCGCCUCCUCGCUGCUGCCGCUGCUGCUGCCGCUGCUGCUACCGCCCUCCCAGGGCUGGAGUUGCGGGGGGCUGACCUGUGGGGAAAAGGAGCGUUGCUGCGACUUUGGCAAUGUCACGUACACGGAGGUCAAGUGCUGCAAGCUGCCCUUUCACACGUUCCUGGACAACGUGGGCUGGUUUGUGAGAAAGCUUUCGGGGCUCCUGAUCCUGCUGGUGCUCUUCGCCAUCGGCUAUUUCCUGCAGAGGAUCAUCUGCCCGAGCCCCCGUAGGUACAACCGGCGCCAGCCGGCCCAGCCGCAGCAGCAGCAGCAGCAGCCCCCCCAGCAGCUGGCUGCCGCUCCCGGGGGCCGGCGGUCGCAGCCGGACGACGCCCCGUCGGGGCUCCACGAGACUGCCGCCACAUCCCAGGACUCGUUGCUGGACAGCAGCAGCAGCAGCGGCCGCUGGGGCGCCUCUUCCGAGCAUGAGCUGCAUGCGGUGUCCUCGCCCCUCUUCCUGCAGCUGCCCAGCUACGAGGAGGUCAAAUACCUGCCCACGUACGAGGAAUCCAUUCUGCUGCAGGAGCAGCCGCCGCGCAUCCCCAAGGACUUCGUCCUGCCCGUAGCGGUGCUCGACCAGCCCCGAGGGGGCGACCCAGGCAGCACCCAGGGAAGAUACCCGCUCAUUUGAGCGCCCGGACUCCGGACCUUCAAACCGUCCCUCCCUCUCUCCGGCCAAGCCUUGCCCGUCCCGACGCCCCUUGCUUUGGCUGAGACGGUAAAGGCCAGAGACCUCCUUCCUCGGCUGGUGCUCUGGAAAGUAAGAUACCGGGACAGGGGGCGUCCAGAGACCUAGGAACUGCUCCCCCUCAACAACGGCGGCUGCUCUAGGAGGGGCAAGGUACCAGGGCGAUGGGCGUCCAGAGACCUAGAAGUUGCUCCCUCCCCCCAGUGAAUAUUAUUGGGGGGGAGGCAAGAUGUCGGGGCGAAGGGCGGCCAGAGACCUGGGAGCUGCCCCCAUCUCCUACCCCCGCUACAGCUGCCCCUGGGAGCAAUGUGGCAGCAGGGUUAUAAAAAAUUCCCGCCGCCUCUGCUUUCUUUACCAGCUUCAGCUUCACACCUUAGUUCUCCUGCUCCACCUUACAGAGACACUCUUGACGUGAAAGGAUUGGCAAAGGGGGAGCGCCCCCACCCCUUCCCUGGGACCUUAAGUUCCCUCGGAUUUCAUUCUGUCCAGUGGAUAGCUCUUCAACGCCAUCGAUGUGGCCCAGGACCUCGGAGAGCAGCUUUGAGAGUGACCCACUUCUCUUAAGCCUUUACUAUUAAUUGUAUUUAUCGUAAGUGCCUGGUUACUAGAGCAUCACGGUGUCAAUUUAAAAGACCUGCAUCUCUUCACAGCCUUGCGGAGCUUCUUUACGGUGACGAAGAAGAAAGGGAUAGAAUGAAUAUGUCUCUUCACCUCCUUCCCCAACCCCCUACCCUCAAGGUUUAAAUCUGGGUUUAGGAUUGCAGGGUAAUGAGUGACUAGUCUUCUCAGUGAGUAAAUCCUUCUCUGCCAGGAAGUGAGUUUUUCUAAAAAUGGUGUCUUUAGUAAAUCAUGUCAAAUUAGCUGAUGUUGCUAGCCAGAAGAGGGAGGUGUGAAAGGAGGAGAGAGAAGAGAAAAGAAGAAGAAAGCCUAGGGAGACAGAAA